AUGCCUUCCGCACCGACCUACGGGGUCCCCGGGAAGACAUCUUUCCGAGGUACAUUGAAGGUGGGUGCAGCUGGCACAGGCAUGAAGCGUAACAGCAAGCAAAAGGAAGCUGAUUCUGAGCAAUUCUUCCACGACUGGUCAAGCCUUCUGCUGGAAGUGGUCCGAAACAAUAACCAACUGCGACCGCAUCGUCUGGCCAGCGAGAACAUCCACAAAGGCCACUACCGGCUACCAGCAGUGUCCAGCCGGAUGAAAUGGAGAAAAAAGACUGCUCGGUGCCUUGCCAUCUCCUGA